AUGGCCGCCGACCGCGAACUGUCCCUGUUCCUGUACCACCUGACCCAGGAAAUUGUUGCGUCCAAAGACUACUCGGACUGCAACAUCAACCACAUCUGUGGCAAAUACUACGAAAACUCCACCUAUCCGGAUCGGGACCGCCUGCGGCGAUUGGUGUCCGAGUUGAAACAUAAACUCAAGAUCCUACAGCAGGAUGGUUCCAGGGAAGUUAUCUGCCCUGCGUCAAUUGAACCCGUUGCUUCGCAGCAGUCCUGCUGCCCCGCAUCUCAAUUAACGGACGUGCCCAAGUACCACCGCUGUGGUUGCCCACGAUCACGGGAUCACCUCGAUGAUUACUGUCCGUAUCCGACGAAGAGUUCCACCACUGUCAAAAAGACCACUUCCGACAAGUGCGUAGAUACGACGACUUCCGUCGAAGUGUUCUCCCCGACCAGGUUACUGAUUAGCGAUUCUACCCAGUAUUCGGCGCCGCGGUCCUAUCACUCGUACUCCACGGGAACUGCCUGCGGCAACUCCACCUGUUCCAAUUGUGGCAACUUUCUGAACGAGCAGAAAUCUGAGUUGGUUGAACGCUCCGGCUACUCGCCACGAUCUUCGGAGGACUCAAACACCCUGGUGGAACAGCUAUUGCUGAAGCAUUCAACCGCCCAGCAGGCCGCAGCUUCCAGUGAGAUUUUGAUGCGCCUGGCUGCCGGCGAUCGGAUUCUGUGCGAAAGCUGCCACGGAAAGUGUCCACUGCAUCGGUGUGGCCACAUCAGGGGCAGGUACGAACCGCCACCGGUUUGUCCGGGGAAGUGCGACUGUGGACCAUCUUGUAGAUCGACAAGGAUUCCGGCAGGCAAGAAGCCGAACUGUAACUGUCCGUUGAAGAAUUGUAAGCACAUGGAGAAUGAUGACGGUAUGGAUGGUGCUGGAGGGAGCGGUGGAAGUGGAGGUUUGGGAAGGCAGGGAGCGAUUCUGAGGCAGGAGGCAAGCCUGACGCCGCCUAUUACGUGUUGUGGUGCGAGAAGGAAGAAGAACCGAUCGGAACCACAGGGCACAUCUUGUCGAAGAAAGAGUGCGAAGAGGAAAGGUUGAGAGGUGGGUAAUCUCGAGGGUUAACUGUGUAGACUACUUCCGUUGUGUCAAUAUAGAUUUCACAACAUUUUUGGUUCUUCUAAUAACGUUGGGUCCAGUA